UCGGUGUUUGCCGCUCUUUUCAUGCAGUCGUUGGCUCAGAGUUACAAUGCAGACGGAAGACGAGCAUGAACCAGAGCUGUACGUGGCCCGGUGUCAUUUCCUGGCGAGCGGAAGUGACCAGUUAAGCUUCGGCACCGGUGACAGGCUGCGGGUCCACGUCAAGGCGGACUCUGAAUGGUGGUGGGCCGAGCUGCAGGGCGUGUGUGGCUAUGUCCCUGCAAAGUACCUCCGACAGGAGGGAGAGGAGCCGGAGGAGGAUGCUAUGCCCGAGGACCCUUGGCAGGACGAGGAGUACUUCGACAGCUAUGGGACCCUGAGACUCCAUCUGGAGAUGCUGUCGGACAAGAGCCGCACCGAAACGUACCGCCAGGUCAUUGACACCAACAGUGCCUCCCUGCAGAGGAAAGUCAUCUUGGAUCUGGGAUGUGGGACCGGCAUCAUCAGCAUGUUCUGUGCCAAGCUGGCCCAACCUUCAGCGGUGUACGCGGUGGAAGCCAGCUCCAUGGCAGACUACACCAGGCAGCUAGUGAGGCACAACCACUGUGAAGAGGUGGUCACGGUGCUCCAGGGCCGAGCUGAAGACGUCCAGCUGCCCGAGCAGGUGGACGUCCUGGUGUCUGAGUGGAUGGGAAACUGCCUGCUGUUUGAAUUCAUGGUGGAGUCGGUCCUGCUGGCCAGGGACCGUUGGUUGAAGGCAGGAGGAACAAUGUGGCCUUCUUCUGCUACGCUCACCCUGGUGCCAUGUCAGGCCAAGAGCUACUUCCAGGAAAAAAUGGACUUCUGGGAGAAUCCCUACGGCCUUGACUUCACUCCCUUACAAUCUUUGGCACAUCAGGAGUUCUUCACCAAGCCCAAGUUCAGCCACCUGCUCGAGCCUGAGGACUGUCUGGCCACUCCCAGUGACAUCAUCACUUUGGACAUGCAGACGCUGCAAGUGUCAGAUCUGGAGGAAAUGGAGGGCGAGUUUCACUUCAGCGUGCGGGAGCCCGGAGUGUGUCACGGCUUUGCUGCCUGGUUCAGUGUUGGUUUUGAGAGUCUGGAGAGAAAUGCAGCUGCAGUGGUGCUGGACACCGGACCUCACUCUGAGCCGACACACUGGAAGCAGACUCUGUUCAUGCUGGACCAGCCGAUUCAUCUGAACGCAGGAGACUCGAUCAGCGGGUCCGUUCGCCUGAGUAGGAACCCCAUAUGGCGGCGUCACAUGACCGUCAACUUUCACUGGAACAUCAAAGGCCGCUCUGAGAAGUCCGAACAUAACCAUGUGGGCAAAAAGAGUUUCCCCAUGUGGAGGUGACAGCUCAUCAUCAUCAUCAUCAUCAGUCAGCAGAAUACUGGAUGACUGAACUGAACAUCACGACAGACUCUUAUCAUCCUGCUUGCCAUAAUGGACCAUGAAGAAAAGGAUGCCUUUUAUCUUUUUCUUUCAUGAUUUGGCAAUAAAAAUGCUGCCAGUAUCCAGGUGAGGUGCUCUCGAUCCAUGUUCCCACUCUCACCUGUGGUCCUCAGACAUGGGUAGAGAGCAAGUGGAUGAGAUAUGAGCUGCUGAAGAUGGUUUUCUGGACGCUCCCUUGGAGAUGGGUCGAGAAGCGUGGCCGCCCAUGAGAGGCUUGGGGUAGAACUGCUGCUCUCUUUAUUGAGAAGAUCAAGCCACCUUGUGACCUCGCACAGGACCUGUGAUUGGUGGAUGAGAGAGGUUGAACAGAACACCAGGAAAGUAGGGAAACACAGUCUGGCCUUGCUUUAUCGAUGAUCUGACCCAAACCCUCUCCAGGAGUAGAUCAUUUUUGCUGCUCAGGAGGGGGAAUAACAUUAUUAAAAAAGGCGUUCUUGCGUCUGUCUGGUUACAUUAUGACCAGAGUGACUCUCAUCAGGAGCAUGAAAGACCUUCUCACUUCAGGUAUUGGGCUGCAGUGAGCAAAAUCCAAGAGUCCUCCACCACUGCCACCAGUUGAAACGCUCCUGGUUGUUUGGUGCGUUCAAGUGCACUCUGGAAACUGGAUUGUUUUUUCAACUCUUCUUUUUUUGUUCAAAA